AUGGUCGCCCUCAAACCGCUAAUCCUCCUGGGACUUGUCGCAAAUGCGGCUGCUGCAGGCCAUGGCGUACAGCAUGCUGAUGCUAUGCAUGCCAGGCAAGACUAUGGCAAUGGUAGCAAGGGCAAAGGAGAAGGCUCAAAGUGCGGCAAGCUGAACUUUGUCUUUACCGGCAUACCAUGGAACCACCCAGCAAUCAAGGCGUCGGGUCGUGAUCCAGCCAUGGUUGAGGCUGCCAUCAAGUAUGAUAUUCAGACUAUUGUGCAAGCUGGCUAUAACAUCAAGGCCAUCCUUGUGGGCCCCGAGGACCCCAUCAGCGACAUUGCAGAAGAGCUGGACAACGUCCCCGGCGUCAAGGACUGGACAGCGACGGGAGUGGGCUACGGCCUGCGCGGGUCCAACGCGACGACGCUGACGCUCAGGUUCACUGACGUGAUCGAGCUCUUUCGGGAAAAGCAGCCCGAAGCCCCCAUCCUGUUCAACUACUCGCCCGUCACCAGCCUGUGGGCCAUUCAGCAAAAGUUUCCCUUACCGGCCGGAACCAACUGCUCGGCCGAGGGCAAACCGGGCAAGGACUAUGGCAUUGCCAUCCACUGCAGUGCGUGCAAGUCGACGAACUAG